AUGCCAAAAAAUAUAACGAGUGAAGUUCGAGAAAUUAUAUUAAAGGUGAAAGAGUUUAUGGAUGAAGAAAAGCGAAUGCAAGUUCCUAUUAUUCCACUUAGUAAAGUAUACGUUCGAGUUUCUGCUGCAACUGGUGUAUCUGAACGCACAGUACUAAACAUAGUUAAAGAGGCAAGACUUAUAGAACAAGGUUUAUUAGAUCCAGAGACCUUGAAAAAGAAUCCUAAAAAGAGGGUACGCACAAAAGGCAAAAUUGAAGUUGAUAAAUAUGAUCUACAAGUAAUUGAGAGAACGAUACAUGAAUUCUAUACCUUUAAAAAAGAAGUACCUACCAUUAACAAACUCUUGCAAAUAUUAAAAGAAGAAAUAAAUUUUAAGGGUUCAAGGGAGACACUGAGAAAAAUACUUCGUAAAAAUGGUUUUCAAUUUAGAAAACCUAAAAAUAAUAAAGAGAAAGAACCUGUACCAGAAGCAACUUCAUCUGUACCUGCUAUGGUGCCUCCAUACAUACAUACUAUGUUUAGUCACAAAAACAUACAAUAA